UCAAAUUAUCCAUUCAAUUGUAAAAUAACAACCUUUAAGGGAAGAUAGUUGUCUGACAAUGUAACAUCAGUGUCACAAGCACGAGUUUUGUAAUAAAUGUAAUUUAUGAAAAUUCACAUGGGAAGAAUGUUGCAUAGGUUUUCUGGAGUGAUUUCUCUGUCGGCCUAUAGACGAUCUUCAGAAAAAAAAGUCACGCUUCAACUUCAUCUCCCAGAGUUCCCCAUCGACGGCGAGCGGACAGGCUCAAACCCUCGACAAGCGGUAGCACAUUGAUCACACGUUGGGGAACGCGGCUCGCUGCACUUGCUGGCGAUUUUGCAUAAGGAAGCUGUUCGCCUUUUCCUCCACAGAGAGUCAGACCCGACCUGAAGUCAUGGCCGACCCGGUGGCUGCCGUGUGCGAGCAGCUCGUCAAAGCUGUGAACGUGAUGAUGGACGCGGAAACGAGUCAGAUAUACCGACUGGAGGCCCUGAAGUUUUAUGAGGAGUUUAAAGAGACCAACUCCUUCUGUGUCCCAUGCGGCUUACAACUAGCCGACAAAGCCCACCCAGCUGUAGUGAGACACUUUGGUUUGCAAAUUCUGGAGCAUGUCAUCAAGUUCCGAUGGAACAACAUGCCGCAACAAGAGAAAGUGCAGCUGAAGGAGUGUGCCAUGCAACUCUUAUCAAAUGGUACUCAUUCUAUCCUGGAGGAGGAGAGCCAUAUCAAAGAUGUCCUGUCCCGAAUCACAGUGGAAAUGAUCAAGAGAGAAUGGCCUCAACACUGGCCAGACAUGCUGAAAGAGAUGGAGGCUCUCACUAGCCAAGGGGAGGCCCAGACCGAGCUGGUGAUGUUGAUCCUGCUGAGGCUGGCCGAGGACGUGAUCACCUUCCAAGCGUUGCCCGCACAGCGACGCAGAGACAUUCAGCAGACGCUCACCCAAAACAUGGAAAACAUCUUCAGUUUUAUGAUGGCCAUUUUGCAACUCAACGUGGAGGACUAUCGUAGACUGAAAGGAAUACCUGGACAUGAACUGAAAGCCAGAGCUCACUGUCGAGUCGCUGUAGCUACGCUGAACACACUUGCAGGCUACAUCGACUGGGUGUCGCUGGUGUACAUCACCUCUGGAAACUGCCAUCUACUGGAGAUGUUGUGUUUGCUGCUGAGUGAGCCGGAGCUGCAGCUCGAGGCAGCAGAGUGUCUGCUCAUCGCAAUCAGCCGGAAGGGCAAGCUGGAGGAUAGGAAGCCAUUCAUGCUGCUCUUUGAUGAUGUGGCCAUACACUACAUCCUCUCUGCGGCUCAGUCUGCAGAUGGACUGGCGAUAUGCAAGAUAUCCCCAGAAUCCCAAGCAGUGGAGGUGGUGGAGCGGCGCUACAUCUUUCUGAAGAGGCUGUGUCAGGUGCUGUGCGCUCUCGGAGGCCAGCUCUGCCCAUUAGUGGGUUCAGAUGCAGAGGUGGAAAUCCCUACAAAUCUCAGCAAGUACAUGGAAGCUCUUUUAUCCUUCACUACACAUUCCAGUCAGUUUUUGAAAUCGUCCACUCUUGCUACUUGGGGAGCUUUGUUCAGACAUGAGACGAUAUCAAAGGAGGCGGUCGUUAAGGAGAUGGCCGUCAGAUACCUCAAAGCAUCUAUGACCAACCUUGUCAAGGCUGGGUUUCCAUCGAGAGACAAUAGUCCAAGUUGUGAGUACUCCCGUGUGGACUUUGACAGUGACGAGGACUUCAACUUUUUCUUUAAUUCUUUUCGAGCGCAGCAGGGAGAGGUGGUGAGGUGCGCAUCUCGUGUUGUUCCCCUGGAGGCCUUUCAGAUAGCAGCGGAAUGGUUACAGUAUCAGAUUGCCAGCCCUAUUGAUAUUGGGGAUAUCACAUCUAAGUCCGCAGAGGGCCUGUGCUCCCUCCUGUCUCCAUCUGUGGUUAAGUGGGAUGCGAUGACUGUCUUCAUGGAGUGCAUGGUCACACAGAUCUUCAAAAGUCUGGAAGAGGAGAAGCUGCCAAUAGAUCAGAGCAUGAAGCUGCUGCAGGCCGUGCUGGACUAUGAAACCAAAGACCCGCUCAUUUUGUCCUGUGUGCUCACCAACGUCUCGGCCCUCUUCCCGUUUGUCCUGCACAGACCACACUUCCUGCCACAGGUCCUCUACAAGCUUUUUAAAGCCAUAACCUUUGAGAUCGGUCAGGACACUAAGACACCUCGGACCAGGGCUGUGAAGAAUGUGAGGAGGCACGCCUGUUCUUCUAUCAUCAAAAUUUGCCGGGACUACCCACAGUUCAUCCUGCCUUGUUUUGACAUGUUUUACAACCACGUGAAGAAGCUGUUCUCCAGCGUCUCCGCGCUGACUCAGCUGGAGAAAUCGUCACUGAUGGAAUCGAUGGUGCUGAUCAGCAACCAGUUCAAAGACUUUGCGAAGCAGAAGGCGUUUCUCGACGAGCUGAUGGCGUCAGUGGUUGCAGAAUGGACGUCAGAUGAGAUGAAACAUGUGCUGUGUAACCCUGCCGUGUUCCUGACAUUUGUUGGAGCUGAUCAGACGGUGGCUGAGCAAAGUGCAGAUACAGACCCAUCGGGUCUUAAUAGGGGCCGACUGAGCUUCUGUUUGUAUGCCAUGUUGGGGGUGGUGAAACGGGCGCGUUGGCCUGCAGACCUGGAGGAAGCCAAGGCUGGUGGCUUUGUCGUGGGUUCCUCCCCCGCUGGGGCCCCCAUCUACAGAAACCCCUGCACUGCACAGUUUCAGCUCUUGCUGCCCAACCUGUUGGCUCUUAUCAGGACUCAUAACAGUCUGUUCAUGCCAGAGAACAUGGCUCGACUGAGUGAGACCUUCUCUCGGGUCCACGAUGUGAUGGAUAAAGAGAAAAAUGUGGUCCUGGGUCUCUCUCCGCCUGCGCUGGAUAUUUACGACUCUCCAGUGUACAGAAGCAAUCUGGAGCGCAUGCAGGGAUUUUUAUCCACAGUCUACGACAACUGCUUCCAUAUCCUGGGAAAUGUAGGUCUGUCCCUGCAACAGGAGUUCUACACCAUUGAUAGGUUGGCUGAAGAAAUAGCCGGCUCUGCUUUUGUUUCCCUGGACCACGUGCCCGACCACAGACUUCGCCCCAUGAUUCGUGUGUUUGUGAGGCAGUUGACGCUAUCAUGUCCUCAGGAGUACUACAACAGCCUACUCUGCCCCCUGCUGGGCCCUCUGUUUGCCUACAUGCAGCAGAGACUCAACAGUAAGUGGCAGGUCAUCAACCAGAGGACUUCUGUAAGUGGGGAGGAGGAGGAGGUGGUGUGUCAGGAGAGCCAGGUGACCCAGGAGAUGUUGGAGGAACAGCUGGUACGGCUGCUCACCAGAGAGCUGCUGGAUCUUCUCUCCGUGAGCUGCAUUGCUAGAAAAGUGCCUGAAUCAGCAGCAAAUAAGGAGGAAGUAGAAGAGGAAGACAUGAUGACGGAGUCGGUGCAGAUGGGGUGUCCCCAGCCCACAGAGGAGCUGACAGAGCUGGGAAAAUGCCUUUUGAAGCACGAGAACAUCUACAUGUCCCUGUUGACCCUGGCCUUCACCUCACUGUCAUGGAAGGACACCACCAACUGCCACCGCACUGCUUCCAUGGUCUGCUGGACACUUCUGCGGCAGGUUGUAGGGGGUAAUCUUCUACCUGAGGCAGUGACAUGGUUUUAUACCAGUGUUCUUCAAGGCCUUCAGAUUCAUGGGCAGCAUGAAGUCUGCAACUCAACCCUCUCUCAGCUGGCAUUGCUCAUCUAUGAAAACCUGCGGCCUCGCUACACGGAGCUGAGAACCGUAAUGACCCAGAUCCCAAACAUCAAUUUGGAGUCUCUGGACCAGUAUGAUCACAGGCUUGUGGACCCCAACGCCCAAAAGGUUGGAGAGAAAAAGAGGAAAGACCAGUUCAAGAAGCUCAUCGCAGGAACUGUUGGGAAAGCUCUGUGCCAGCAGUUCAGGAAGGAGGUUCACAUACGGAAUCUUCCAUCGCUCUUUAAAAAGCCAAAGCCCGACAAGGAUGUACAGAACAGUGAGGCAUUAGGCCUGGCAGCUCUCUUCUCCCCGGAGAAUAUCUCCCUGUAGGAACAAGUGAUGGUUUAAAUGGACUACAUGCUGACUGAAGAUGGAGUUGUGUGUACAAACCAGGGGUUUCCCUCAAAAUCAUCCAGAUGGGGCAGCGUGGGGUAACCGAACAUAUCUGUCAACACUCCUGUUUGUUAACCCGAGUCUUUAAUGUUUGCCCUCAUUGUGCCACAAAACAAUAUGUUUCCAUUAGUCGUUUGUUCAGGCACUCAGACAGAGAAUCCCUUUAAAACAUCAUUGCUCACUUCUGCUCCAUUCCCUUUAACAAACCUUACCGAAGGUUGUAGGAACUAUUCCGGAUUACAAAAAGAUAUGUUUCUGUUGUUCAUUCUGUUAAAGGAUGAACUAAACUUAUCCAAUAUUGGCUCCUAUACAGACUCUCUGCUGAGCCACAAACUUACUUUGAAACGGGUCGAUUCUGGAUUCUGUCAUUUUACUUUUUACUUUUUUCUUUUUAAGGGGCUAUAUUUUCCCGUUGCCCAGCACCACACACACUAAGCAUGUUGUAGAAACCUUCAUUUCCGAGGUUAGUGUUGGCAGAUAUUAUUUGUGACCAUGCUGCUGCCGUCAAGAGUCCAAAAGAAAAGAAGAAAAAAAAUAUGGGACAAACCCUGGUUCACAUUUGUUUAUUUACUCUAAACAUCCUUUGACUGGACAAGCUUGAGGGCUGUUUCUGGUUCUGAAGGCGAUUGGUACCUCAGAUGUGACGCUACCUAAGAUGGGGUGAAGAUAUAGAUAAAAAAAAUAAGAAAGCAGCUGGAUUGUGUUUUCAUUAAUGAUUAUUAUACUUUUAAUUAUGAACAACCGUUUUCUGGGUUACAGAUAUUGCAGAGUAUUUGAACAAGGCAUUGAUUUUGUCUGACCUUCAUGAGCACAACUAUCACAACCCUAGAACUGUUUGAACUGCUGCUUUAAUGCAGAGGACAUAUCAUACUAUCAAUAUUACACUCACAUUUUUGCCAAAACACUCACAUUAGACUUGUUAAUUGUGUCGGAGAAACAAAACCUUUUCAAGAACGGCUUCAUCCACUAACGAGUAGCUUAGUCCAAGUAUCUCUGUUCUCUAGCUGUUCAGUUGCUGUUUCUCGUGUAUUCUGUUCCCUGCGUUCCUACUGGUAUUAGCCACCAUGAAAACAAUUGACCCAGCACUACAUUCCAUUCAAGGAAUUGUUUUUUAAGCCUUUAUUUUUGCUCUUAUGGAGCCGUCAUGCUAGAGAGUUAUUGUGUUUAAAAUAUGUUUUGUGUCAAAAUAAAUGGGAGUUAUUUUGGCUUGGA